GUCUGAGAGACAUUGAUGUUGAGGUGCAACCAAACAGUAGUUGCAUAUUUAUUUUUCUAACUCGAGAUCUUAACAAAAGCCUGGAAUAAACGUCAGUAUUAGUUUUAAAUUAUUUCCGCUGCCCUAAUUUCAAGGUGCUUAUCAGUCAUCAUGAGAAAAUAUCGGAUUACUGUGGUGAAUGGAAAAAAUAAAAUUCUACUUUGUCGAGAUAAAUGGUUACAUGAAACGAAUAACAAGACCUGUACAGAAGAAGAAAAAGAAGGGAAAGAUGAAAACUAUGAUCUAGAAUGCUCUGAUAUGAGUUGGAAGACUGAAACUUGUGAAAUCCUUUGUGAAACAGGCAGUUUAAAAGAAGCUCUUUCUAGCAUACACCUACUUAAAGAAAUAUUCAAUCGAAUGAAGAAUAUUCAGUCAUCAGAGUCAGCUUUUUUCAGCCCUAAUAAAAGACGAAGAAUUGUUAACAAGGAUGAAUCUUUUGUCAAAGAAGAUUUUCCUUCAAAGGCUAUGGAAAAUCAGAGUCGCGUAUUUGAAGACAACAUUUUCGCAGACUGUGACAGUAGUCUGGAAGAUAAUAGAAAGAUUGCUAGUACUUUUAUCUCAUCACAAAAUGCUAUAGCGGUACCCACAAUCAACCGUAUCCCCAUAUCAUCAUCAAAAAGUACAACAAAGUAUCUGAAGGAAUUAGUAACAUCUUUAAGAGAAGUGCAAGGUCUUCUGCAGAAAGUCUGUGAUGAGCAGAUGAAAAUCCUGAAACAUCUGCACUUAGGAGGAGAAGAAGCGGAAGAAUCGAUUCAGCCUCGGUACACUUCUGAUGAAAAGUUAGAUGACAUAAAGCUACCUAUCAAAACAAUGGAUAUGUUACAAGAAUUUGAUAGAAGACUUUGUCAAUGUAAAUCCUAUUAUGAACAGAUAAUGAGUCAAAUGUCUUUAAAAGUUCAAAAUAACAUCAGUAAAUCAACUCGUCGACUGUUAAGCAGCAUACUGGAUACAAAUCUUGCACGUUUAAUGACAUAUAAAGGAACGGUAGGCAAAAUAGGCAUACGGCGUUAUACCUUCUAUACAUUAAUAGUUGAUGUAAUUAUGAGUAGGCAGUUAGACACCGGAGGGACUAAAGAAGAGAUUUCGAAAGGUAUUGUAAAAGCAACGAAAGACUGGUUUCAUGAUCAAAGAGUAAGAAGAAAAAAAACUGAUCAUUUGUCAGAUGAAAAGAUGAAUAUCGUUUGUCAACCUGGAUGUAGCAAUUCACUGUUGUAG